ACAGACAUGCCCAUGUUGUGUAUUCACAAUUUUCUCUUAGAAGCUCCUUAAUAUAAGCCUUUCAGAUAUUUACAUUUCUUUAAAAACUUAAUCUUAUUUACUAUAUAAGAUGGAAAAUGUCUGUUGAGGAAACUAAAGACCUGCAGAUUUUUGGGCUGUUUACCAGAUUUGGCGAUUCACACAGCAGAUUACUGACUGAACAGGAAAUUUGAUCAUUUAAAUUUAUUUUUCAAAUGCAUUAUAUUUAUUUUUGCCAAAUCCGUUAGUCCAUGCGACCAAGAUUUUUCAGUAAAUGCUUCCAUAUGGCAAACUGUCCCUUUAAGACUUCCAACAACAUAAAAUUAUAUUAUCAGACUACUGCAUGGAUUUAACACAAUCUUUCCAGUACCAUGGAGAGACAGUACCUUUUUGAACUUUGCAAAGACUGUGGUCGAAAGAAAUACCAGGGCCCCACGAUAGAUUAAAACACGUGAAAGGGGUUUUAAAGACCUCCGAGGAAUGGUACCUUUUUGUUGGCAGUUCCAUGAAACAAUAAUUCCUCCGAGUCCUCAUCCCAACAGAGAGUGAUUCCAAGAACUCUCUAGUUGAGUGCUGAAAUGGGACUCUUGACUGAAUGUUUGUGCCCUUAAUUCAUAUCCUGAUCUGCCACUGGUUAGCAAGAAAGUUAAAGGGGGAGUGCAUUUGUCUCAGACACAAUCUAAGCUUCUUAUUUCCCUCCUUUAAAAUCUGUUUCGCCUAGUUGAGAUACCUUUGCCCAAUCCCUCUGUUUCCCUCCUGGCUUUCAGUUCAUUGGACUUGUUGCGGAUUAACCUACUAGCUCAGACAGAUUGGAAAGACUUGCUGUUCUCCAAACUGAAGUGGGGGAAAUGGUUUGUCUCGUCCCCUAAGGGAUGCUGCAAAAAUCUCAAAUUAGCAUGACUUGCUGAACUCAGUUUGACAUCUAUAAGCUGGGCCUGAGUGGUGUUUCCUUGUUUUCCCACCUGAGCUUGUUAAAACAUAUAGGUUAAGGACCAGUCACACUCUCCUUGCUCCCUCCAUCCCAGCCCGCUUCUUUCCAAACCCGACCUCUCUUCUCCAGGCUCUCCAUCCCCUCAUGGGCACGAUAUCAGCCAGUGCAAGAGGACCACCGUCUCAACCCUAACAGCAGUCCUCACUAUGGAGAUGAAACAACCAAUGAUAAUGAACCGAGAGGAUGGGGGAGAGCAUGAGAAGGAACAGGAGUCACAAGAAAACGGAAGGCUGGUUGCGGACAGCGUUGCGGAGAAGGGUCAGAAAUCCUGCUCUGGGCCUGGGCAGGUCUCCAACGGUUAUCCCAGCACAUCCCCACAAAGCCCCAGGGAAGGUGCAGGUGCUGGGAUGGACAGGGGCAGCACCCCUGGGGCAUUCAGGACUCUGGUGGUCCAGCAGACCAGCUUGGAUCCACCUAGGGAGACCUGGAGCAAAAAGAUGGACUUCUUGCUGUCGGUGAUCGGGUAUGCAGUGGACCUGGGCAAUGUGUGGCGCUUUCCCUACAUCUGCUACCAAAAUGGAGGGGGUGCCUUUCUUCUGCCGUACCUGCUGAUGGCUGUGUUUGGUGGCGUGCCACUGUUCUACAUGGAACUGGCUUUGGGCCAGUUUCACCGCAGUGGGUGUAUCUCCAUCUGGAAACACAUCUGCCCCAUUUUCAAAGGUAUAGGCUUUGCCAUCUGCAUUAUUGCACUCUACAUCGCCUUCUACUACAAUACCAUAAUGGCCUGGGCUCUCUACUACCUCCUGUCCUCCUUUCGUGCCACGCUGCCCUGGACCACCUGCAACAACCAGUGGAAUACUCCCAACUGCACCCACUACUUGUCCACCGACUUGAAUGUCUCCUGGACUGACAACUCCAUCUCUCCCGCUCAAGAGUUCUAUAUACGGCAGGUCUUGCAGGUUCAUCUGUCCCCUGGUCUUCAUCAGCUGGGCUGGGUGAGUUGGCAGCUAGCCCUCUGUCUGUUGUUCAUCUUCACUGUUGUGUACUUCAGCAUCUGGAAGGGGGUCAAGACCUCUGGCAAGGUAGUGUGGGUGACGGCUACUUUUCCGUACCUGGUGUUGCUGAUCCUGUUGAUAAGAGGGGCCACCCUGCCAGGAGCAUGGAGAGGAGUGGUCUUCUACCUGAAACCUGACUGGGGCAAACUUUUAACCACUACAGUUUGGCUUGAUGCAGCUGCACAGAUCUUCUUCUCUUUGGGUCCAGGCUUUGGUGUUCUCCUGGCCUUUGCGAGCUACAAUCCCUUUCAUAACAACUGCUACAAAGAUGCAUUGAUCACAAGCUCAGUGAACUGUUUGACUAGUUUCCUAUCAGGCUUUGUGAUCUUCACUGUGCUGGGCUACAUGGCAGAGAUGCGCCAACAAGGUGUGGAGACUGUAGCUAAAGAUGCUGGUCCCAGUCUGCUCUUCAUCAUCUAUGCUGAGGCUAUUGCCAAUAUGCCAGCUGCUACGUUCUUCGCCAUCAUAUUCUUCCUCAUGAUAAUUAUGCUGGGGCUGGAUAGCACGUUUGCAGGUCUGGAAGGGGUAAUUACAGCCAUGUUGGACGAGUUCCCCCACCUGUUGGCCAGGAGGAGAGAAUGGUUUGUGCUCGGCCUUGUGUGCGUCUGUUAUUUGGGAGCCCUCUCCACUCUUACCUACGGAGGUGCGUUUGUUGUUAAACUAUUUGAGGAGUAUGCCACAGGCCCUGCUGUUAUCACCGUAGUCUUCCUCGAGGUCAUUGCUGUUUCCUGGUUCUAUGGGACAACACGUUUCUGCAACGACGUGCAGCUGAUGCUUGGCUUUGCUCCUGGUGUAUUUUGGAGGGUCUGCUGGGUAGCCAUCUGUCCCUGCUUCCUAUUGUUCAUUAUUGGGAGUUUCCUGGCAUUCCCUCCCGAGGUGAAGCUGUUUAACUACUUGUACCCUUUCUGGACCACAGUUCUCGGCUACUGUAUUGGUUUCUCCUCCUUCAUCUGUGUGCCUUCUUACAUGGUCUAUCAUCUAGUUACCACCAAAGGGACCUUCAAACAGCGUCUACUAAAGAGCAUUACCCCUGAGGCUUCAGGGUCCAGCGGCCCUCAGAGAGACACAAUUGUCAUCACCAAUGCUGUGUAACAGAUUUCCUCUUCUGCUGGACAUGUAGCACAAACACAGGGGACCUCCUCGGCUGACCUCCCUUCACACCUCACCCCAGAGAAGUCUGCUACCUUUAUUGUGUGACGGUGAGGCCAGGCCUCUGAAUACAUCCAUUGUUUUAUUUUUAUUCUAGCCGUCCAUGUGUGACCACUGUCAAUGCUCAUAUGAGUUACUGACUCCCAUGGCAAGUUCUUGACUUUGUGUUUUGUCUUUCCGUUGUUAAUUUUAUAUCUCUAUAACCAAUUUAUACAAAUAUAUGGCUCAUGACUUUUUUUUAAAGAAAUGACUAUUAGUUAGCAAGGAUACACUGACUAAUCAAAGGUGACAGUAAAGAUUUUUACAUUGUUACAAACGAUUAUUUCAUAUAAAUGCUGUUCUUUUAAACUUUCUAUUCAUUAAAGAACCCUGAAAAAAACAGUUUUCAACAUUGAUAAUAAGAAAUUUACCAAAUCAGCAUAUCAGAUUGAUAUCUGAAGGAUCAUGUGACAUUAAAAUUUUUACCAAACCCAAACUUUUCAAUGUUUGUUUAGUGAAGUUUGGGAUAGGAACAGGAAUGGAUGCAAAAAUGGUUCAGUUUCAUUUAUGAAAAUCUAAAAUCUAUAUAGAUUGCUUUUAUACAAUAUUUAUUUUUCCUUAAAUAGUAACUAAAUACAUAAAGAUUGUUAUAUUAUGGUUUUGUGACCAAUUUCAGGCAUAUUACGCACAUUUAUAUAAGGCCAAAAAUUUUUUUGUUUCUUUAUUAUUACAGAAAUUUGUAAUUAUGACUAAAAAGAAGAAAAUUUGUGGUUUAGUGACUUAAUCCAUCACUAAUUGUGGAUAUAUUUUCUUAUUUUAUUUAUUUUUUUUCAAUAUUUGUUCAAUAUUUUUUUAUUUUAGAUUUUAGAUGUUGAAAAGGAAAAAGUAGGAAUGUAACAGAUGGAUAGAGAGAAAUAUUUUUUAUGAGAGAAGGGCCCAAAUAUUUUGUUGUUGUUGUUGUCCAGAUGUGUUUGUUUUUUGCACAGGUGUGUAUGUGUGUGUGUGAGUGAAUAUGUGUGCGUCUUUGACCACCAUUCCCAUUAUAUGUAACAGUUUUUAAGUGUUUAGCCUACUUUUGGAGGAUAUGUACCAAUUGUUAGGCAUAUGUGUAUUUAUUUGUGGGAUAUUUGUGGCAUUUCAUUCUGAUAAUUUUUUUUCUUUAUUUACAACUGGAACUCUUAGUCUGCCUACCCAGUUACCAUUUACAAGAAUGGGAACAAAUAUUCAGAACUGGGGGAAAAAUUUAAAAGUCUAAGACUCAUUCAUAACAACAACUAUAUUGAUCGAACACUAACAUGUUCCUCAAUGUCAGCAGGGGGAUUUGGCAUUUAUUUUUUACAUAUUUCUUUAUGUGAGUUACACAAAGUAGCAGAAACCAAAUAUUAAUGUGCUUGUUACAAAUGCUUCAGCCUUGAUCCUCAAGACUUUUUUUCAUGAAAAAGGUGUGACUGGACAUCUAAAUAUGUGCAUGUGUACUUGUGAGUCUUGCUGUUUGUGCAAUCCGGCGUUCUGUGCUGACUCGUUGAAUUCGUACAGUGGGCAAAUGUGAGGAUAUAGGUUUCUCAGUCGAACUGACAUGUGUGAGCUGUACAUCGAGGUAGAGACAUAAUAAGCCAUGGCCAGUUCCAUCAGUGUGUGUGUGUGUGUGUGUGUGUGUGUGUGUGUAUGUGUGUGUGUGUGCAUGCCGUAGACGUGAGUGUAUAUUGUGCAUCUGUGUGUGUGCGCGUGCAUGUGUGUGUGCUUCAGUCCAGUGCUGACCUUUCCUCUUGUUUCUCAGCAGAAUUUACUAUUCUGUCUAUCAAAGUAUUGAAAAUCUAUUGUCCUUUAUAAAGUCUAACUUUGAUCUAUGUAUGUCUCCAAGACUGUUAAAAGAAAAAUAUGUACAUGACAAAGACAUAUAUGAAUUAUUAGAGAUAAAAUAAAGGUAUAUGUAUUAAUAAUG